ACCAUCAUUCAACUCUUCCUCCCUUUCCCUCUCUUUUCUCCAUCACUUUCUCCCUGCUACCUUUUCUGAUCUCUUUCUUUUUCUCUUCCUCCUUUCCCUUUUCUCCCUUCCCUUCCUCAUUCUUCCUAGAUCUAGGUUUGUACAAACCCAGUUUUUUAGGUUUUGAAACCUAGAAUUCUGGGUUCUUACGAAUCUGUUCUUCAAACCCGUCCCUUCUACCUUCUCCAAUCGUCCAUCCCCUUCUUUCUUUCUUCCCCUCUCCUAUGCAUCCUCUUUCAUUAAACCUAACAGAUUUGGAUUCAUGAACCCCCUCGGCUAUGGGUUGGCAUGGAACCUAGAUGAAUUGCCCGGUUUCGAACGAACCCGGAUAUGAGUUUGCGUGUACCUAGAUGAAUAGGGUUCAAAUGAACCCAAAUCUGGGUUUGUUCGAACCUUGUUCUAGGUAAAAAAAACAGAACCUUGGAAAACUUUGAUCUCGAUGCUAGAAGGGAUAGUCCUCGGGACACUUUGCUGGAACAUAUGAUGAGAAGCAUUGUGAAAAAAGGAGAACCACAGGAGCUACCUUUGUUUGAUUUUGAUAGCAUGGUAGUUGCUACCAACAACUUCAGCAUGGCUAAUAAACUUGGGCAAGGAGGAUAUGGGCCAGUUUAUAAGGGAAAGCUACAUGAUGGAACAGAUGUAGCAGUCAAGAGACUCUCUAGUAGCUCAGGACAAGGUCUAGAAGAGUUCAAGAAUGAAGUCAGUGGCUAUAUGUCUCCUGAGUAUGGAUUGGCUAGAAUAUUUUCUGAGAAAUCAGAUGUCUUUAGCUUUGGAGUUCUGCUAUUAGAGAUUGUUAGUGGCAAGAAGGUUACCAGGUUCCUCUAUAACGAUGAAUAUCUAAGCCUUCUUUCCCAUGCAUGGCAACUAUGGAAUAAAGGCAAGGAGCUAAACUUAAUUGAUGAAGCACUGGCUGAUUCAUUUUCCUCGACUGAAGUAAAGAGGUGCAUACAGGCUGCUCUUCUCUGUGUUCAGGACCAUGCUGAAAAUAGGCCAACCAUGGCAGCUGUGAUUUCCAUGCUAAGCAGUGAAACAGAGCUUUUGCAGCCAAAAGAACCUACUUUUACAUUCCAUAGUCCAUCAAAAUUUGAUCAACCUAAUGACAACAAUCCAAACUCCGUAUCCUCUCCAUCGCAAUUACUCUUUUCCCUUGUUAGAUAUCUGUUAUUCCCUAACGCCAUGCCUAUCAUCAAUGCUGGUCCUCAGCACCACCAGCGUGAGGGUCUCGUGCUCAAGGACCCUGGACCCGCUGGGUUCGCUUUCAUUUUUUGUCCAGCUUUGUCGAAUGGAAAUUCUGGGGUGAGUUAUCAAUAGCCGUUAGCCAUGAACAAGAUUUUUACUUUCUCUCUGUUUGUGGUUUUAAGAUUGAUGGGUUCCGCCUAAUAUUGUUUGAAAGCUACAUUUUUUUCAAUAAAAUAAUGCUCAAGUG